AUGCUGAGGCCUGAGGACAGGGGUGCCAUACCACGGCCGCUACCGAGGUCCCCUUCUCCACUGAAGUCACCAGCUCCAGAUCGUAAACUCAAUGGUCUCACUCGCCUUCCUCAAGAUGCCUAUCGAGAGCCCGUCGUGCAGAAUACAAUCAUCAACUCUGAACAUCCAAACCCUCGAAAGCUAAAAGGCUCGGGGAUGAAUUUGGUGAAGGAGAUCCAUGAGAAGGAGCAAGAAGCACUUCGGAAGAUAAAUGAGCGCAUGAAGAAUCUUCCUCCGCCAGUGGAUGAGGUACGAAUUUACAUACCAAGACGAAAGAAACCGGUAACGACUACAGAGGCAUUUGCUAAACUGCCUGAUGAACCUCCACAAGUUGUCUUUGAGCCAGAUUAUGUCGUUGUCGAAAAAGAAGAGCCACAGAACAAAUGGAUAUUUGAGGGGGAAGUGGAAAGACCAGUGGAAACUGUGGAACGAGUACGCUCAACAUCCAAUACUGCCCAGUACGUGCAACAACCGAUUCAACAACUCGUACAACAACCCUUGCAGCAGCCCGUGCAAACGCCAAGUGAUACUGAUUCCGUGGCGUCGAAUGAGAAACCAGCAGUAAGAUAUGUUAAACAGCCAUGGAAGCUAACAAUAAGAAAGGAGAUGUUCCAUCCGAAAGAAAAUCUAGACGACGUGCAAGUUAUUAACCAAGUAUUUGCACAAAUAAUUUCUGACUGUCGUAAGGGAAUCGCUUACCGGAUCCGAUCAUAUGAUAGAGAUCAAGUUGUCGAAAUCCUAAAGGCUAGCAACGUCCCGCCAGAUAUGCUUAACCGACAAUCUGAGAUUCCACUUGAUAUCAAGGUCGCUGUUAUUGAGGCGGCAAGGAAAUGGCCACUAUAUUUUGCACAAGUUUAUGAAGUAAGAAUUUAA